AUGGCACCAUCCAAAAGCUCAGUACACUCGAUCAGUACUUUAAAAACCUUGAAUGCUUUGGUGCAAUCUACACAUGGUCCAAUUCAAAAUCAACAUCGAUAUGAACGAGCUGUUUGUCGAUCAUUCCGGCGACUGGAUCCGUUGAAAUCUGAGUCGGUUCCGGUACAGCUCUUCGCGAUUCCAGCAAGCUCCGACAGGUUCCUUGACGACACGUUGAUGGUUUUGAAAUGGAAAGCAAAAGUCCAUAAAGAAAUGGACUCCAUUCGACAAUCAAUGAUGCAAUCUUUAGAUGUUAAGAUUUUCGAGAAUCCUGAAUUACUUACCGUAUUUGAUAACCUGCAACCGGAUGCAGUAAAGAAAUUGAUUGACAGAAAAUAA